AUAAACACCCCUAUUUCUAUUGAUUUGUAUACACGUAGGAAGUGAGAGAACAAAUUUUUAUCAACAACAAGCAAUCGUCAAUGGCGUCAACAAACUCCGAGAGAGUAGAGUUAGCUAAACUCUGCUGCUCCCGGAACUGGUCUAAAGCUAUUCGCAUUCUCGAUUCACUUCUUUCUCGUUCUUCCACCAUUCAAGAUCUCUGCAAUCGAGCGUUUUGUUAUAGUCAAUUGGAGCUUCACAAACAUGUGAUUAAGGAUUGCGAUCGUGCGCUUGAACUUGAUCCUUCUCUUCUUCAAGCGUACAUUCUUAAAGGUCAAGCAUAUUCUGCCUUGGGACGGAAAGAUGACGCUAUGCUGGUCUGGAAGCAUGGAUAUGACCUUGCUCUUCAUCAGUCAGCAGAUUUGAAACAAUUGUUAGAACUGGAAGAGCUGAUUGCAAAAGAAAACACAAAUGGAAAUAUCAAUCAAGAAGGGCAUGCUAUUAGGUCAUCUACCCCAUUAGAUGUCUCAAAUAGACAUGUUACACCUGAAGCUAAAACUGUGAAGGAUUCUAAUAAUUUGAGAGAUGACUCUGAAGCCAGGAAUGGAUCUGAUAAUAUGUCUGAGGUUCAGAGCAAAUUAUUUAAUGAAUCUCACGUGCUGAAUGGCUCAGUGGAGAAAGUGAAGGAAACAAAGAAAUUUGAGAGCAAAUCGAAUGGUACUUAUAAAAAAUUGAGCAGUGAGUUGGAAUCACUCAACAAACCUGGUGAAGAACCACACAAUAAAAUCAACGCAUCUAAGGCCUCCAUCAAGUUAAAUAAUAAAAAUUCUGAAGAAUUUGAAUGGAGUGAUGCUGUCAAAAAAGGCCAGAAAGUUUGUGUUACUCAGAUUUCUAAAACAAAAUCUAUCAGCUUAGACUUACGGUUAUCGAGAGGGAUAGCUGAGGUAAACGAGGGAAGGUAUACACAUGCAAUUUCAAUUUUCGACCAGAUUUUGAAAGAGGGUCCAAAUUACCCAGAGGCACUCAUUGGGAGAGGUACAGCAUAUGCUUUCCAACGAGAACUAGAUGCAGCAAUUGCUGACUUUAGCAAGGCUAUUGAGGCAAACCCUUCUGCUGGCGAGGCAUGGAAACGUAGAGGGCAAGCUCGAGCUGCUUUAGGAGACUCAGCUGGGGCUAUUGAUGACUUAUCAAAGGCAUUGGAGUUUGAACCUAAUUCUGCUGAUAUACUACAUGAGAGGGGUAUUGUUAACUAUAAGUUUAAGGAUUUUGAUGCAGCUGUUAAAGACCUUACUACAUGUGUUAAAUUUGAUAAGGGCAACAAGUCUGCAUACACUUAUUUGGGUCUGUCUUUAUCAUCAGUUGGUGAGUACAGAAGAGCUGAAGAGUCACAUAUGAAAGCGCUCAAAUUUGACCAUGAUUUUCUUGAGGCUUGGACUCAUCUAACUCAGCUCUAUCAAGAUUUGGCAAAUACAGAUAAGGCUUUUGAAUGUCUCAAUCAAGCUCUAAAAAUUGAUGACAGGUAUGCUAAAGCAUAUUAUCUGCGUGGGCUGCUCAAUCAUGCUACGGGAGAUCACAGGAAUGCCAUCAAGGAUUUAUCUAUGGCGCUCAGUAUUGAGAGUUCAAAUGUGGAGUGUCUUUAUUUAAAAGCCUCCUGUCACCAUGCUUUAGGACAGUUUAAAGAAGCGGUCAAAGACUAUGAUGCUGCUUUAGAUUUGGAAUUAGACUCUAUGGAGAAAUUUGUGCUUCAGUGCCUUGUAUUUUACCAGAAGGAAAUAGCUCUCUAUACAGCAUCAAAAAUAAAUAGCGAGUUUGCCUGGUUUGAUAUUGAUGCUGAUAUUGAUCCCCUUUUUAAGGAGUACUGGUGCAAAAGAUUGCAUCCCAAGGAUGUAUGUGAAAAGGUUUAUAGGCAGCCUACGUUGCGGGACUCCCAGAAAAAGAGCAAGCUGAAGAAGCUAGAUUUUGCUAUGACAAAACAAAAGACUGCUCUAAUUAAUGCUGCAGACUCCAUUGGACAAAAGAUUCAAUAUCACUCUGCAGGCUUCUUGGCGAAUAGGCGUCAGCAUCGUAUGGCUGGAUUGGCUGCCAUUGAAAUUGCUCAAAAGGUAUCAAGGGCCUGGCGAGCUUUGCAAGCAGAAUUGAAGAAUAGUGGUAAAGGUACUGGAAAAUAUGGCAGGAGAGCUCGGAGGAAGGAAACGCUAAAUGUUCCCAGUCAGAAUAGAGGUGGUCCUUGUAGCACUACCAGUAGCCCAUCAGACACUUCAUCGGUAUAUGGUAUUCUGGAAGACAGGCCAUCUGCUCGAGCUAUGAUGUCGUGGCAAGAUGUGUAUUCCCUUGCUGUAAAGUGGAGACAAAUCGCAGAACCUUGUGAUCCUGUUGUGUGGAUUAACAAAUUAAGUGAAGAGUUCAAUGCUGGUUUUGGGUCUCACACUCCACUAAUUUUGGGACAGGCAAAAGUAGCCCGCUAUUUUCCCAACUUUAACAGAACCUUAAAUGCUGCCAAGGCUGCAAUAAGUGAAAAGAAGCAUGCUUGCAGCAAGGCUGAUGCUGUAAUCAACUUAUCUGACAACAGCAAGUUGCAAGAAAUCAUGCUUGCAGAAUCCUGUUUUGACCUACAUAAAGCUGUUGGUGAAGACUUCUGGGUGUCUACUUGGUGCAACAGUAUGGCAUUUGAGGGGAAGCAGUUAGAGGGAACAAGAAUUACUCUUUUGAAAACGGGAGAACGUGGAUUUGAUUUCGCAAUAAGAACACCUUGUACGCCAUCAAGGUGGAAUGAGUUUGAUACUGAAAUGGCAAUGGCAUGGGAGGCUCUAUGCAACUCUUAUUGUGGGGAGGCUUAUGGAUCAACUGAUUUCAAUGCCCUUGAAAAUGUCCGAGAUGCAAUUUUGAGGAUGACUUACUACUGGUACAACUUCAUGCCACUCUCCCGAGGUUCCGCUGCAGUUGGAUUUGUAGUUUUGCUUGGAUUGUGUCUUGCAGCAAACAUGGAGUUCUCUGGGAGUAUCCCAGAAGGAGUGCAGGUUGAUUGGGAAGCGAUUCUUACUUUCAGUCCCGACUCUUUUGUGGAGUCUGUGAAGAAGUGGUUGUAUCCCAAUAUGAAGGUGACGACAUCUUGGAAAGACUACCCAGAUGUUGCCUCAACUUUAUCAACAACUGGAUCAGUAAUUGCUGCUCUCAGCUCUUACAAUAAUUAAAAUCUGAUUUCGACGAUUUCAAAGAGUGAAAAUCUGCCGUUGGCGUCAGCUGUUGUUGCACAAGACCUUAUGGCGUAUGGUUGGCGAAAACUGCCGCCACUGUGAAUGAUCUUUAUACGAACCACAAUUCUUCACUCAUUUAGAGUAAUACUGUUGUAUGUUUAAUAUUUAAGUUUUCUUAUCUGAUUUCUUUUGAAUUUUUUUCGUUCCCUAUGUUUCGUGCUAUGGAUAAUUUAUUUCGAUUUCUUCAAUGCCUCCAAGAAUAAAUGCAGUAUGUUUUAGCUAGCA